GCCCAUGAAAUCAGACCAGUUGCAUUGUUGCCUGGUUGAGGGUCUGCCACAGGUGUUGCCGUCUAUCAUUUAUAACCAAUAUAUAUUACUAAUGUUUUAACAUGUUCAUUUUUGCCAUUACUAGUCUAUUAAAUAUAAUUUAUUACAAGUUGUUGCUCAUAUGCCACACAGACAAGAAUAAUUUAUGAUAAUUUAUUCACUUUUUUGAAUUUACAAAAACAACUUUUACUACUCACCUCAAAGCCACCAAAGUCUGCCCAGUCAUCAUCAUCGUUAUCCUAUAGUGUUAAAAAAUACAAAAGAUAAGGAAUAAAAUGCAAUCACAUCAAAUUAUACAAUCGGUUUGCCACGAAUGUCAAGAAGUUGUUUACAAAAUGUGCCGAAAAAUCAUCCAAAACUUAUGCGAUGUAGACAUAUACCAUCAUUGGAGUUUAAAUUAAAUCUCACAUUAGCAUUUGGAGGAGGAAAUGACGCCCAGUUCUCGUUUUCAGCCAUUGUUACGUUCUUGAUGUCAUUACAGAAUGGUACAACAUUUUACUUGACAAUAUUUUCUCGUAUUAAUUGACUUCCGGUACCCAGGAUACCUUGCAGGAGCUUAUCACGUGACUAGAAAAUCUUGCUUCGCUUGUGUGAAAUCGUAGCUUUUUUUGGAAUACAUGUAAUCUUGUUUCUUAACUUACCUGGUUCAUUUACUCUGUUUACCUUGCAGUAAGUACAUUUCAUUUCAUUUCUAAUAAACAUCUGUCUUCAAUGUCUUCAUUAACAUUAACCGGAAGCUAACUUCUACUUCCGGUGAACCUAGUGAUAUGAGACCGACCACGUGACAUACAAGACAUUUUCCCGCGCGAGCUUCAACAACAAGAAACGACCGGGGUCCGGAGAAGGAGCCUGAGUAGAAACGUUCAGUGUUUUCUGGCUUGUUCAUUGCUCUUUUCUUCUCCUAUACUUCCUGCUCUGUCACUUAAAACUUCAAAGAGUGUAUUGGGUUGUAUUUUUGUCAAGUAUGAGUCGAAAUACAAGCAAAAGAAGACGGCAAACGGCCUCGGAAACCGAAGAAGACGAACCUGAGACAAGCCUUGUAGUGGCAACGAGUACUGCAGCAAAACGAAGUCGAAGAUCUGAUUCACCAGAUCCAGACCAUGACAAUGAAAACGAUAGCGAUUCAGCUGAUGACUUGGACUGCAGUCAGCCUGAAUUAAAGUCAAACACGAAUCUUGAAGCAGAAGUGGGGAUCAUUGAAAGAAUCACAUUGGUGAAUUUUAUGUGUCAUACUAUGUUAGAAGUUCCUUUGGGAUCAAAUGUCAACUUUAUUAUUGGGCGCAAUGGGAGUGGUAAGAGUGCGAUUAUGACAGCCAUUGUUGUUGGUUUGGGUGGCAAAGCCAAUGCCACAAGCCGAGGCAGUUCUUUGAAAAACUUUAUUAAAGAUAAAUGCAGUUUUGCACAGAUUAUAAUCAAGCUGAGAAAUAGAGGUCAAGAUGCCUACUGCCCAGAAGUCUAUGGUAAAUCUAUCAUUGUAGAAAGGCGUAUAUCUAGUGAUGGUGGUUCAGGUUAUAAGAUCAAGUCACAUGAUGGAAAAACAAUUUCUACCAAGAAGGAAGAAUUGAUUCACAUAAUGGACCAGUUUGGGAUUCAGGUUGAUAAUCCAGUCUCUGUUCUCAAUCAAGAUACCAGUAGAAAUUUCCUGAAUUCCUCAGACCCUAAAGACAAAUACAAGUUCUUUCUGAAAGCCACUCAACUUGAUCAGAUGAGCAUGGAUUACCAAGUAGUAAUAGAGGAACAAGAUGUAAUCAAGAACACACUAAACAGGAAGCAAGAGACAUUGCCUGAGAUGAAGAAACUUGUCCAAAAGCUAGAGGAGAAAUACAAGGACUUGGCUCAACUGAAAACUAUGAAAGAACAAGUAGAAGAGCUCAAGAAGGAAAGAGUUUGGGCUGAGGUUGUUGAACUCGAAAAGAAACUUAGACCUCUUCAACAAGUUGUACAAGAUACUGUCUCAAGAAAACCAAGGUAUCAAGAGAAGAUAGAUGAAGCCGUCAACAAUAUCCAAGAACUAGAAGUAGAGUGGCAAUCCAUACAAGAAUCAGUCAACUUGGUUACUGAAGAAAUGACAAAGGUACAAGAGGAGCAGUCUGGUAUUGUUGCCGACUUGAAAACCAAGAAAACUGCUUGCAGAGGAAAGCAGUCUAAUCUUCGUAAACUCAAAGAAGAUUUGAACUCUACUCAGCAUGAGGAAAAAGAGCUUGUUGAUAGAAUAAGAGAGAUUAGACAGACUGCAAUGAGAGAUUUAGAAACAGAAAGAAACCAAAGGCAAAGUGAACUUCAAUCAAAAAGAGAGGAACUUGAAGCAAACCAGAGACAACUUCAAACUACAAGUCAUCACAGAGAACAACUAGAAAGAGCAAUAAGUAGAGAGAAAGAAAAGUCCUAUGGAUUGAGGACUGAUAUAUCAGAUGCUGGGAGAUCUGUUGAUCAAAUUCAAAGAAACCUGCGAAAUCUGACAAGCAGUAGAAGCAAUAGAAUGAGGAUCUUUGGGGCAUACGUACCAGAGUUGUUGAAUAAAAUUAAACAAAAUAGACGACAAUUUCAUCACCUUCCAGUUGGACCAAUAGGGGGUCAUCUUACACUGCGAGACCAAAAAUGGGCCCUCUCGGUAGAGUCAUGCAUAAAGGGUUUAGCAUGGGCAUUUUGUUGCCAUGACAAUCACGACGAACAAGCUUUAAAGAGGAUCAUGCAUGAUGUUUGCCCUAAGAAUACCAUACCACAGAUCAUUAUCAGUAAAUUCCAAGAAAGAUAUGAUGUCUCUGAAGCAAGACCACGUUGUAACUACACCACAGUCCUUGAUGAACUUGUCAUUGAUAAUCCUGUCGUAGCCAACUGUCUUAUUGACCAGGUUGGUGUAGAAACUGUUCUGUUGAUAGAAGAUCCCAGAGAAGCUCGCGACUUUAUGUUUUCACGCCCACCACCAGGUGUUAGAAUGGCAUAUGCUGGAAAUGGUGACCAGUUAAUUGGUGGUCGAUCAGCAAAGUCUUAUGCAGCCAUGAGUACAACUGCAAAAUAUCUGCAACAAGAUAUUGAACAAGAGAUUAGGCGAUUGGAGCAUGAUCUGCAAAGUAAGCAAGAUUACCACCGGCAAUUACUGGAACAACAACGUCAAUCAGAGACAAUUAUGAAUGAUAACCAGAAAGAGUUAAAGAGAUCAAGAACCAAAGCUAUGCGCGAACAAGAGAUAGUCAACCGACUCAUCAAUGAAAUUACUGAAUUAGAAAACUAUGAAGAGGAGGAAUUACCUGAUCUUACAACACUGGAGGAAGAACGUGCUUCUUACACUGAACAAGUUCAAGAACUAGAAAAUCAGGUUGCUAAUGCUGAAUCAGAAUUUGAGAAAGCUCAGGAAGCUUAUCAAAAACAAGAAAUCAAGUACAAAAAUCAUAGAGAUAAGAUUCAAGAGGUUAUGGGUAAACAUGACCCAUUGAAGGAAAAACAAGAUGAAGUCAUGAGAAGUAUUGCUACUGAGAAAAACAACAAAAAACAUUAUGAAAGGAAAUGUAAAGAGGUUGAUGAUGCUGUCAAGAAGGCUGAAACAGAGUUGGGUAGCAUGCAAAAGAUAGUUCAGGACACUACAGACUUAGCUAAUCAGUACUGUGAACGUGUAGACACAAGGAGAUCAGUACGUAGUUUAGAGACAGAGAUCAUCCAGAAAGAAAGAAGAAUACAGACUGAAGAAAACAACCAUGGUAAGCAUGAGGAAAUCACCAGGAAAUAUUAUGAAGCCAAAAUGAAGUUUGAAGAAACAAAGUCUUGCAUGAAAAACUUGUUGAAAUAUAAAAAGCGACUGGAAGAUGUGUUAAAGAAGAGAUCAGCAGCGUAUAUUGACUAUCGGAAGUUCAUUGCAAUAAGAGCCAAGUUCUUCUUCCAAAUGAUGUUGUCCCAAAGAGGAUACACUGGAAAAAUGAAAUUUGAUCAUGGAAACGAACGACUGGAAAUUGAAGUGAAUGUAGAAUUAGCCCUUAAGAAAGCUAAUAAAGACACCAAGUCACUGUCUGGUGGUGAGAGGUCGUUCUCUACAAUCUGUUUCAUUAUGUCGUUGUGGGAGGCAAUGGAGACUCCUUUUAGAUGUCUGGAUGAGUUUGAUGUCUUCAUGGACAUGGUGAAUCGUCGUAUCAGUAUGACUAUGAUGCUAAAGGUUGCUAAAGAACAGUCAGAAAGACAAUUCAUUCUCUUGACUCCUCAGGACAUGACCAACAUUGGAGGCGGAUCUAGUGUCCGAUAUUUUAAAUUACGAGAUCCAGAAAGAGGGCAGUUGGCACUAAACUUUGGACAGGCUGAACAAGACACACAAUAAUAAAAUUGGUUGUUAAUUGACUUGCAGUUGAAUGCGUAGUUACGCUACUUUCUGGUCAACAUACAUGUACAUAAUUAUAUGUCUUGGUGUGGUUACGGUAUUUUUUGGUGUCUGACUAUAACUCUAAGAGGUGUAAAACUAUUAAUAAGAGAUAUCCAUAUUGUUACAGUUUAUAUUUACAUGAAUUCGAUUUGAAUAAUAAAUAGAGUAAUUAGAACAAUCAACUUUAUAUGAAUUAAAUAUGAUAAUAAAAAGAAA